AUGAAUGAAGAUGUUGAUGCUAUAAACAUGAACCUCAUUGGGAAGUUUCCUGGGGAGCCUAUUGUCUACAAGAGUUUUGACAUGAUCCUUGACGAUAGCUGUAAUAUGUAUCCAUCUGAAUUCCUAAAUACUCUUAGUCCAGCUGGUAUGAGUCCUCAUGAACUUAUUUUGAAGGAAAACUGUCCAGUCAUCCUUUUGCAAAACCUUGCUCCUGCAUCUGGCUUAUGCAACGGAACCCGCCUUAUUUUUGCUUGGUGCCUCGAAAUUAUCAAGAUCAACGAUAACCAGAUUGAAGGAAAAAAGCCAUUUAUAGGGAGGAUGAAGCCAGAAAAAACCUACCUUGAUAAGCUAACUCCUACAACUAAAGCUUACAAGGUCAAGGUUAAGCUCAAAGAAAAAUCACGCACUCUCAUUUCACCUCACAAGAAAACUCGGUACCAACAACUAAUCUUUGAAGAUGAAAAGGGGAACACAAUGCGCGGUGCACUCUUUGAAAAUCAAAUUGAUGAAUUUGAAAAUGUUUUCAAGCAUGAGCAUGAUGUACCACCUGCCUACAUUCCAAUUGAUGCUAUCCCACACACCAAUGACCAAGACGACCGCUUUGAUGUAUUGGGGAUUGUUCUGUUUGUUGAAGAUACACAUACAAUAACAACCACCUAUGGAGUGCAGCACCAAGUUCGUGAAAUUAUCGUAACAGACCAUAGCUCAGAGCAACCUUUAACCAUUUUAGCUUGGGACGAUCUAACAGGCCAUGAAUGUGAACUACUCAAAUCUUGGGCUGGGCCAUCACUGAUCGUCGGUUUCACAUCUUUAAAGCCAUCCAAUCACAAAGGUUUCUCACUUUCAACAAGCAUGGCAACCAUGUUUAACCGGAACCCACCUGGAGAAAGAGCAGAUGCACUUCGCAAAUGGGCUGCAGAGAAACGUGAAGUUGUUGCUGAUCGACUGGCACGUGUUGUUGUUGUGAGGAAUGUACCAGAUCACAUAGCCAUCCUUACACUUGAAGAGAUUAAGAAGAAGAAGCCAGAGAAUACUCUCCAAGAAGAAAAGUGUUGGGUCCGAGUUAUUAUACCUGAGCCUGACCGAUCUAGAAUUGUUAUAUUGGCUGUAACAACUGUGGCAAACGCGUUGAAUCAGAAUGCGGUGAAUCCUUCACUUGCAAGUUCUGUGGAAAAGAAAAGUGCAUCGCAAUACCAAGGAUCACAUUCAAGUUCGAUGCUUGUGAUGAUACAGAUGAAAUGACAUUCACGGCCUUCACCCAGGAAUGUGAGGUGUUGUUCAAACAGCCAGCUAACGACAUAUAUACACACAUUGCCGAUGGCACCUUCAACUUUGAAUGCAUUGCUAAAGGGAUAAGCACUACCCACUUUCUUAUGCAAAUUGGCCCUGCAACUUCCCUUGCAAGAAGCAAGGUCCUCAGCUGGGUCCCUAAGACCAUCCAUUGGGAGUGACGCGCGCAUUUGCUAUCAUUGAAGUUCUUUUUGCUUUUUUUGGUGGGUUUCUAAUAGGAACACUUCCCCCUUUUGGUGAUGUCUAUGACACUUAAGCUGUGUGUUCCUACAAGACACCUCAAGCACUCGCCAUCUCAACAUUAGCUCUUAGUUUACAUAGGGCAGUGCUUAGCUAUUCUACUUAACAUCACUUUAUGUUGUAUUUUUGCUACUGGUUUUGUGCACACUAUGCUUAUGAACCCCAGCACAAAAAACCGCUAAUUGUAAUAGUUUUCCAACGUAGGUAUAAUAUAACUCUAUUAGUAGUA